CUGUUACUCGGGCCUUUUUGACCCCCUGCGUAGAUGUGGGGACUAAAGCUUUAAGCAAAAUGGCACAACGCACGACAGUUAUCCCCCCCUUCUCUCCUACCACUAGUGCUAUCCGAACAGGGAAUCCAGCACACUCAACUUUGCCCGCAGUAUAUCACGGUGACCAAGACAACCUCGUACGCCUGGGCAACAACCAUACGGAUUUCGUGCGUCUUGACCUGGACGUCUCGCGACUCAACAAAAUCCACAAAUACUUGUGGCUAGCAGGAAGGCCUACAUGCGCCCGGGCUCUACACCGGCAGAAGAUGAUAGAGCGUCAAAUUAUCAUCGUCGAACAGGCCGACUUGCACUUGGUUUGGCAUGAGUCGCGAGUGUUUCUGAAACCGCUGCCCGACUACCUCUUGAACCAUCAAUUUUGGGUGGACACAAUUUGCAGCGAUGCGAAUCUCCACGCCAGUGCCUGUGGCUUCUUGCUAUCUUAUGUCUGGCUGGUGCGUCACCCGAGCGACCUCAAGAUAGCUUCUGAGCUUGGAUUACUGUCGCCCCAAACGCAGUGGGAGGACUGGGUCAUUUUCGUCGACACGCUGCUCGUAAAUAUCGAUCACGAGGCCUUGGAUACGGUCAACAAACGUUAUCAGUAUGGGGAACUGCGGCUAAGCAGGCUCGACCUCAUCUGUAGACUCUCUCAUUUCUAUCGAACGGGAACCUUCAUUCGAGGGUACAUGUACAACUACAAUCGGUAUACUGUUUUCUUCAACCGCAAUUUUGGAUGGAUCUUGCUUGACUCAGGUUGAAAAUUGAUGUGAACUCUGUCUUAUUUCGGGGGCCCGAAGGCCAAACUAUAUACUACGUAGGAAGUGACUGUAUGCAUAGGCAGAAGCACUAAUUGGAGGCAGCGGUAGGCAGCAU